CUACGUGCCCGUGUGUGUCGUUUGGCAUGUGCGCAUGGUGUGUAGGGUGCGUAAUGGAGGCGACCUUUUCAACACCACGGAUCAUGGAGUCGAUCUUCUCGACACCACAGACUAUGAGUCCCGAGACGCACAUUCGCUUAGCAGAUCCAUUUCCUCCUUGUGCGAAAUCCGUGCGGCAUUUCAACGGUGUGACUUCGAUCCACGGAGCGACCAGUGAGGACUUCGAAGAGGACCCAUGGAUGACCGUCGUCCCGUGCAUGGACGGGCAUCUUGAAGGCGGUCGUCGACGGUUCAUUAUGAAAAACGUUUACGAUGUGAGGGGGAACGUCGUCGCCAAUAUCAGUGGGGCGCUUCUCGACAUGGAUUUGUUCGAGGGGUUCGGAGCGGGUUCUGCGAACACCCCAUUCUACAACGAGCUCCGGCGGCAGGGAGGGUUCGUUUUGGGUCGUGAGUUCUUUGACUUGUUGGAGGCGAAGGAGGUCGACCUCGACGUCCUUUGCAAAAAGACCAAGACCCCGAACACUACGGGGGAGAAAAGGAAGGGAAGGGGGGUGGAAGAGGACCGCCCGGGUAGCAAACGUCCGGCUUCGAAACAGAAGCAGCCUGCGUCGGGACCUUCCACUCCACGGCUUGCCAUCGACGUGGACGCCGGGUACUUCCUAGAGUACAAAGACGGCAUCAGGACAAGGCGGGAGUACGAGAUUAGCCCAGCUCAGGUCGUCGACCUCGAGGAAUGGGAGGAUUUGUACAAUCAGCGGUCCCUGGAUCCCGUCCUGGUUGAGGGGAUCAAAGAAGCGAUGCGCUUGGCACUGAAGAGCCGGGAAAUCACACUUGCUGAAGGCAUUGUUCACAUCAAAUGGAAAGACACGGGGGACGUGACAUCCAUCGCGCCGUUCGGUAACGACCCUUUGGAGGCAGAAGUCAGGGGCGCAGAGCUGAAGGAAGCAGUGGCUGCUACAAAGAGCCACACGUUCGUCCUCGAUCUGUGCGAGUCGGUUGACCUCAAACUGUGGAAACCCCAAGCGUGGGAGACUUUGAAUUCCUAUCUUCAGACAUGGUGUCCGUCGCAUUGGACUCUCGUUGUUUUCGUGUCGCGGCAGCACAACCUCUCGUUUCUCGCCAGCAUGCACCAUCUUUCUUUCGUUAAGCUGUUGGAAGGGAAGUGGGUGCGGAGAAGUCAGCAAAAGAAAAGUUUCCCCAUCGGGAACAAUUUAUACACGGAGGACGACCGCAUGUACAUCCUCUUCAAGGGUCACGAUCUGCGCGUCAACACGUCCGUGGUCUACGAGGGAAAGCUGCCCAAGGGUGUCGCUACUGCGGUGCGGUUGCCUCAGAGGGUCACCCAGACGGAUGUGUCCAAGAUUCCCUUCAUUCCAUGUGAUUGGUCGCUGGUGGCGCCGGAACGACAGGGAAGUGUCUACAGGGAUAUUGAACAUAAUCCGACACAAUUCGUAGGUCUUCUAGAUUUCCUUAGCAAGAAGGGAGAGGGUGUCGUGUUCCUUGGGAAACCACACGCGCGAAGCGUCUGGGAUCUUUUGAAGGCUGGUCGGCACGUUGUCGCAAUGGAAGGGAACUCCGACCUCUUGCAUUUCACGAUGCAGGUGGUGAAAAGUGAGAUGAAUUCGGGCGAGCACAAUUGUGAGUUCAUGGUAGUGAAGCCGACACGGGAUCGGGUGUGGAGCAGCAAGACGGACAUGUGGUUCAAGUUGAGCGAGAGGAAGAGGAAGAAGAUAUACAAUUUCUUGUUCCUUCAAACGCGGCCGCGGAGGGACACUGACGCCGAGUACUCGCUGUACUUCAUGGAGCUCGAGGAGCAGUUGAAGUUAGCCAGUUACGCUUCCUUGAUCUCCACUGAUGACGAGGAAGCCACAGGUGUGGAGUUCGUCGCCAACGCGAAGGAGGAGGAGAGCGACACCGAGAGCCUUGACCUGCAGUACGACCCACCUCCGGCGGACCACGCCCGAGGGUCCUCGUCGGCCGGUCCGUCACCAAGCGCUGCAGCCCUCGUAUCACCGACGGCCAAACCGACGCCGGGCACCACGCCGAUGAAGUUGCUGGAGAGACUCAGAGCUCUGGCCGUCCCCCCGCCCGAUUUGCGUCCCGGGUCCGACAUCCCGCCCGAUCAUCCGUCUUGGAUGGAUGACCACAUCCACUUCCUGCUUGAGCCACAACGCCAUUCGCCUAAGGUGGACUGGGGCCAUGACAUGAUUUGGCAUUCAGGAGUCAUCCAGCCAGCGAUACGGAAGGGCGAGUGGGUCAUGGCCGUCGCAAUCCCUAGGGCGGGAUGGGUGUCUUUCUCGCGCGAGUCGAAGUCCAACUUCCUGCACCUCGCGAGGAUUUCGGUCCUCCAAAAAGUGACGGCCGAAAAUGACACAUUUGCAGCCGGCGACCUGUCCGUCAUUUCCGCAGCCGGUCGACUGUUCAACGAGCUUCAGGACAAGUGCUGGUUGGAAUUGACGGAGGACUACUACGACCUCGACACGAGUCCGUCGAAGGGCACGGUGGACUGGAAAGUGCCCCCUCCAAGUGGGCCGGACGGCAGUUCCGGGGGGGGGUCAACUGGAGGUGGAGGGGACGGGGGUGGUGGUGCAGGGGGUGGCAAAGGAAUCCCGCCUAGUGUGGAGGGAGGGUCUCACGGCCGCAACACGACACCGGGAGGCAGAGGCGGGCUGGCGGGCUGGCGGGUUUCGCCGUCGACUGGCCUCCGUCGACAGGCACCUGGUCGGAGCGUACGACACACCUCGGUUGCUCUCGGCAGCCGCUCCGGCGGAAAGUUGAAGUCCGUCGGGAUCCGAAGUACGUCGGGUGAGGAGCCGCCCGAGCGGUCCGGACUGCAAAGCCGCUCGGGGUCGGGGGAGCCAAGCCAGGGCAGCAUUGCGGCGCGGGACAGAAAGGUGUCGCCUGGGCGGGAGUUACGACCGCAAGAAUUGCAGGGAGAGGCUGCAAGUGCAGGGUCCAGCGACACGGAGACGACGAAGUCCGCCGAGAUCCGAACUUCUUCGGGCUGGGGGUGUCGGCCAGGGAUUGUCGUGCCGCCGAGAGGGGCAGCAUGCACGAAGACGGAAGGGCGGUCAUCGGGGUUCAACACGGGUGUCGCGGGAGGGGAUGAGUUUCGUGGAAAGGAAGUAGGGGAGGAAAUGGAGGAGGGGAAGGAAACGCAAGAAGGGGAGGAAGAAGGGGAAGAAGAGGAGGAAGGGGAGGAAGCGGGCGAAACGGAGCUACUGCAAUUGCUUGGAGGAAGGGAGGGUGCCGGAUCUGGAGACGACGAAGUGGAGCACAGUGAGGACGAUGUCCGAUCUGGAGAGUCGUCUGACGAGUUCGGACAACUGUACGGAGAGCAUCACGAGGAUAAUGUCGACGACGAUGCCACAACAAUGGAGAUGGAAACACAGGUGGUUAGCAGUCUUUCCGCAGAGCCUGAAGAUUAUGCGGUACGACCACUGAUGUCUCCUGUCGACUUGCAACACCGGUUCGACGAGGCUUCCGUUGCUAUUAGCCCGUCUAAAACAAGUCGUCGUAUAAGCAUCGACGAAGUUAUCGACGGUAUCCUCGGCGAUCACCACGUGUCUGCCCAUCCGUCCAUAACGCCUGACAUCGACGACGCUGGCAACGUCGCAUCUUCCGUGGCAGCUGCCCUCGCUUCGUCGCCGCCGAAGUCUCCUGUACUGCCGGCCACCCUUGCCGCCGGAGGGGAAGUCGAGGUCAGGAGACGACAACAUGUCACGUCCCCGAAAAAAUCCAGGGUCGGCAGUCAAGCUCUCGACGUGCUCGCUUUGCCCGUGCCAAAUUCCCCGUCGAAAGAGCGGAGAGAGAAACAGACCGGCAAGCCGUGAAGAACGCCACACUGCCUGCGCGUCCUGGAUUACGAAAACUAGAGGAGGGAUUCCGUCGUAGUCCGGAUGUCGGCGGACUACAGUCCGCGCCAUACACUCGACGACUGUCCACACUGUCUGCCGAUACGGGAAGUUUCGGAUGCCGGCAUAGCCCUUCCAAAUACAUCUCAUCGGCUUAUCUGUGAGUCAGCCGGGUUGCUGGCCGAGGGCAGAGUAAACUUCGUUGAAAACC